AUGUUUCCGUCCGUGGCACUGGAUCAGGCGUUUUCGAGAGGAGUCGACGUGAUUUUCUCCUUGAAUGGUAAAGCUGGUUCGAUACAAAGCGAAGGAGCGGCUAGCAGUGAUGAUACAGAGUCUACCAAUUACGAUGAGAACGCGAUCGACACAAGUGGUGCUCGUCUACCAGCUGCUGGUGAUUACGUCGAUUCGAGGGAGGUUGAGGCCGAGCAGAAUCGGAAAACGGACGCACCUGCUGUCGUUGCAGAGCCGGAUCUCACCGGCCUUGAGAGCGUUUUCCAAGCAGAGAAAGAAGAGGCUAGCGAGGACAUUUCGGAAGUAGGACAAAAGAUUGGCGAACUUGUCAACGAAAUCCUCGAACUUUCGCCCGAAAUCAAUGAGAGUAUUCCCACUGAGGAGGGUAAUGCUGUAGGAGAAGAGGACUCCUCUGACGCAGGUAUCAGUGAGGCUGACAACUCUAAUGUAGACACUGUCGAUGAAGAAAUCGUUGAAGAUCGGCCAGUCUUCAUAGCGGACUCCCAAGACGACAGUGAGGAGGACAAUACUCGGCCCGAGAUAGGUCAAGGUGUGCAGGAAAUCGCUCGGGUGCUACCUGUGGACGAGGAAAAAGUCGAAUUGGACUCAACACUCUUCAGAAAAGGAGAUUCAAUGGGACAAGGCGUCAAGGCCAAGAAAAGGCCUAGUUCAGCCGCUUUUUCAUCAACUUUUCUUAGCCUGAUAUUCACCGUUGUGUUUUAUGUUCACGACUGUGACGACAAAAACUUGUGGCUAGGUAUAUUACUCAUUAUUGCUGAAUUAUGCUCAAUUAAAUAUACAAUGUUACCGGUUUAA